AUGAAAGUAUUUUAUUAAAAAUCAACUCAGCCUUAACUAUGGGAUUUAAUGAAUUAUGAAUAGUUCACUUAAUAUACUCAAUAAGCUUUUUAAUUAUCAAAAGGCACUUAUAGUAUCAAAGCAAAAAGUAAUAAUCAACAAAUCAGAACAACUAAAGAUUUAUAAUUAUAUGGAUAAUAAGCAGGCAUUAUUAUUGAACCGUAACAUUUUUAUUUCUUAUUAUAAGUCAUCAAUAAAGUUUAUUUUCUGUAUUAGGUGUUCAUUUACCUGAGAACAACAAUCCAUAAUCUCAUAGAAUUAUUAAAUAAAAGGUUCCAACAUUUUAAAAAUAACUCAAAACUGAACAUGAUGGUGUUGAAAGCUUUAAAAAAAUACUCCAUAUUGGAAAUAGUAAUUUAAGUAAUGAUUGGAAACAAAUAAUUACAAGAAUCAAAGAUCUUUAAGCUGAGUCGUAUUACUUUAAAAAUCAUAUGCAAGAAAAUUAUGGUACAUUUUAAGAGGAAAUUGAAGCGUACUUAUUAAUUACAUAUUUUAGCCUAAUUGAUGAAGCUAACUAAUUAUAAUUGCAAUAAUAAUAAGUAUUUUAAUAAAACACUGAUUUGUUACAAAAAAUAGAAUUAACAAAAAAAGAAAUUAUGGAAUAAUAAUAAUAAUAUGAUGCUCUUAAAAAUUAAUUUAAACAGGAAAACAUUGAAUACUUCAUUUAAUCUAAGCAACAAUAAAAUAGAAACUAAAUUAAAAUAUUUAAGUAUAUCGAUGAAUUUGAUGCCUUUUUGAAUGAGAAUAAAUUUAUUUUAGCAUAUGGAGCUAAUUUAGAUAUCAGAAAGAAAUUACAAUAUUUUAAAAAUAAAUAUUUAUAAUUAAGUAAAUGA